UUGACAUAUGUUUGCGUGUCUAUCGCAUUGGCUAUACGUGUUUGUUUGUUAAUAAAAGGGGUUGCGAAAGUUAAUAACGAAUUUUACUUUGUUUUUAAGUUAUUAUUAAUAAACUUUGUUAAUAUGAAAUACAAAGGAAAUCGAAUACUUUUGGUAACAUUACUUGCAGUUUUAUGCAAAAUCCAAACAGCCUUUGCUGCGAAAAAGAAUUUUGUCACCUGCGGUUCCAUUGUCAAGUUGCUAAAUACUGACUACAGCAUGCGGCUACAUUCACACGAUGUCAAGUAUGGUUCUGGCUCUGGACAACAAUCGGUCACCGCAAUAGAGUUGAAGGAAGACGUAAACAGCCAUUGGACAAUAAAGGCAGCCACAAAUAAAUACUGUGAAAGGGGCGAACCUGUUAAGUGUGGCGAUAUCAUAAGACUGGAGCAUUUAAGUACACACAAAAACUUGCAUUCGCAUUUUUUCUCAUCUCCAUUGUCUGGGGAACAAGAGGUAUCUGCAUAUGGAGAAAAUGGUGUUGGUGAUUCCGGUGACCAUUGGGAACUAAUUUGUUCUAAUGAUAGCUGGAUGCGUGAUGCUCAAGUCCGAUUCAGACAUGUAGAUACGGGCGCAUAUUUAUCCAUAUCGGGACGAACAUUUGGUCGUCCUAUCUCCGGCCAAAUGGAAGUCGUGGGCAUGAACAAUCCCCAGCAUGGCACAAGAUGGACAACAGCCGAGGGCCUCUUCAUUGUGCCCAAAGAAAAAGAGACUGAAUACAUUCACACUGAGUUGUGAGAAGUUCUUUUCCCAACUGUUAUAGGCUAUCAUCGAUCAAAUGUGCUGUAGUUGGCAUCUGAACGACACAAGGCACAUUUUAGUUGAAUUAUUUUAAUAAAUUAUUACUUGGCUACUACUACUACUACUAAUUGCUCUGAGAUACAUUGAGAUGUGACAAUUGGAAUUAAGAAAUACUGUAUGAAAUGUAUUAUAAGAAGACCAAAUAAAUUCGUUUUAUGUUUGUA